AAUCACAGCGACAAUCGACUAACCUGUUUCAAAUUUGCAUCUCCGGUCGCUAGGACACAAUAGCAACCAGCGUUUAAAUCUUACGAAGCCUCACUGAUACAGACACAAAAAUAUGAAGUAAAAUUGUCUUUCGGGAUAUGUUAUACACGGCGCUGUUCUCGUUGUUUUUCGCCCAUGUUCUGCCUCUCAGCGAAGGCUUGCGACAAUCAGGAGUAAGUCUCAACCUGCCUUCGAACAUUCCAGUCAAAUCGACAGGAUGGUACAAAAUAAAAGGCUGGCAGAGCCCGAUUGACUCCGGUCAUGCAGUAAUUGGAACAAAGUUAAAAGCCCCUGAGAAUGCUGAUGUAUUUGUACCACACAGUGGGAUCUACUUGGCUUAUGUCACAGUUACCCUAACAGGUGCAAAUAUUGAAGGCAGGUUUAAAGUCAAAUUGUUGGUCAAUGAUAAAGUCAAUAGCAGUCAUAGUGGCAUGAGUUCGUCGACUCUUGGUGGCCCAUUAGGACCAAAGAGUCUCAGCUUCAAAGGAGCCAUAUUGCUUCAAGCCAGUGAUUAUGUUUCUGUGCAUGUUUACUCCGAGAUAGACACUGAUUGGUCAAUUAGUGGCCAAUCAGAAACAACUCUUUCCUGCAGUAUAUUGAGGCGUUAGGAGUUGCCCCAGGAUUUUCAGCGAUUAUCGAAAGAACAACUAACUACAAUAGCUCGGGCUGGAACAGUUUGAAAUAUUGGCACUAUGAAGGUGAGCCUGGGCUGUUCAAGAGCAUGACUGGAUUUUCCAAGCAUAUUGGUGAAUUUGCUGCAAUUUGUGAUGGCAUCUAUAUCAUCACCGCAAAUGUACACAUAAAAACUGAUGCCACAAAUUACUUUGAUCUUGGCAUCGCAGUGGAUUCGAUCGUAAAUGGCAGCAUCAUAAGGAAUCCUGCUUUUAAAGAAUUCACUCUUUCAAUAUCGGUUUCUAUUUCACUGAGAAAGGGACAACUUGUUUCUCUUAAAAUCAACUCACAAGGCUCAGUUUUUACUGUCGGUACCGAAAGUGCCUUUACAGCAACAAGAAUUAGAAGUGAUAGCGCUACAGUUCCAGGCUUUUCAACAGUACUUCAGCAUGAUAUACACGGAGAAGGUGCCCGCUGGACACAAAUUUCCCUUCAAAAACCCAAUGGUACCUCUUUUGGGCAGUUUCAAGGCGAAACAAAGUAUAUAACCGGUGGCAGCUACUAUCCCCCAGAGAAUGGAAUGUACAUUGUGUCAGCAAACAUUCGCAUUGUUGCUGAAAGUCUCAUCUCUGCCUGUAUUUUCACCCGCCUUGAUUCUGCGUCAAGACUCACUGGCAACAUUGUUGGGGUCUACUCAACCAUAACAAAAACAGACUACGCAAAAGAAGUUACUUUUAAUGCUGCUGGAACAAUUGAGCUGCUAGCAUCACAAAACAAAUUAUCAUUUUUUAUAUACAUGCAAAAUUCUGGAAGGUAUAGAAUACUUGCUGGAAGUAGGAUUUCCAUCAUCAAAGUCGAAGAGAGAUACCCGGCAUUCCAUGCAACCCUAGAAGCGGAUGUCCCACAGUCAUCAGAUAACGCUUGGGUUGAAAUUUCGUCCUGGAAAAUCAAUAGGGUGUCAGGCUCAUUUUCCCUCACUAAAUCGUUGUCUGCAACGAAUGGUCGCUAUUCAGCUGAGGUCUCUGGGAUUUAUCACGUGUCUGCCAACAUGAUAUUCAAUGCUCCGGCAAGUGUCAUAUCCUUGUUAAUAGCUGCAAAUGGGGACCAAUCUAAACGCAAUGCAUUGUUUUCAACUAAAGGAAACCCUGGCAGCAACGACUUUUUGACUGUCAGUGGAUCACUAAGAUUGCAGAGAGGAGACUUUGUAUCAGUGAUGGCAAAAGUUACUGGCACUUCUUCAUGGUCUGUCGCUGACAAGAGCAGCUUUUCACUUGCAUUUAUUGGGAUGCCAUUCUCUGUACCAGGCUUUUCGGCCGUAUUCUCAUCAACCAGAUCAUUUACUAGCGAUGGUUGGCACCAGAUGCAAGGGCUUCUAUUACCUGGUUCGUCUGGAACAAUGUUCCACUAUGGUGGUGGUUUAGAUGCUGCUAACUGCAAGUACCAAGUACCGCUACCUGGAUUGUAUGUUGUUAGCGCCAACAUGAAGCUGAAAAGCGCCACAAGAGUAGGUGCCGAUUUUACUGUCAACAUUGGAAUCGACAACAAUCCUGGAUCCUUCUCAUACCUUAACGGGAUGAAUGACUAUAUUUCAAGAAGCACUAGCCUCGGCAGCGAGGAUUUCUACUCGAUGAAUGCUGUUGGCGUUGUCAAACUACAGGCAAACCAAAGUAUCACCUUGUGGAUAAAGUCGACCUCCGCUGGGUCAUGGCAGUUAAGCGAAGACAGCAGUUUUAGUGCAGUAAUGCUUCAUCCGGAGAAUACAUUUGAUUCCUCUGGAUUGCAAGCUGUUUUGAGUCUUGGAAUAGCACAGACAGUUACUGGAGCAACUAACUGGAAGAUUGUUAGGCUCUGGUCCACGACUAGAAGCAGUACAGAGGCAGGGCUUUUUAGUCUAGGGGACUACCAAGAACUUUCUUCAUCAAGUGGUACCAUUGUUAUAAGGCAGUCUGGCCUAUAUUUUGUAUCAGCAUCAAUAACUUUGAAGGAUGCCGUUGGAAAAUUUGAAGUUGGAAUUCAUCUUGAGUCUCGUCUGGCUGCCCUAUAUUCGGUGAUUGAUUCAAGGCUUUCCAGCUACACUGUGAAAGUGACAGGAAUGCUCUUUAUUGCAAAGGGGCAAACUUUAUCAGUACAGGUGAAAGCUCCCUUGAAGAUGAAUUGGGAGCAAGAUGUCAUGCAUUGUGGAUUAUCAUUUGUCAAAUUGGGCCCGUUUGUCAUUCCAACCUUGGUGUCAUCAGGAACAACGAAGGACAGCAUUAUCUCACUACAGCGAGAAACAUGGCGAAGAGUGGAUAAUUGGAAGACAUCUCUCACCAACACUCAGCUGCUACUCGGGAAUGGGUUUUCAAAAUCUUCAGGCGUUUACAAGGUUCAGAAUAGCGGGGUAUUUAUUAUAAGCGGAUUUUUAGAAACAGAGUCAACAAAAGCAAGUCCAUCAGUUGAAAUGAAGAUCUCUGUUAAUGGUGAUGACACCAAUAUAACGACAACAAGGCCAGGAAAUGGCCUAAGCACUGUAAAUUCUAAGUGCAACAAAAGCUGUGUGUUGUUUACUAGUGGCGUGUUUUCAUUAGCGACACUCAAUACUGUUGCAGUUUUUGUGAAGUCGAACGAAGCACUGCAACUUAAAAUCAAGAAUUCAAGCAUGUUUUCUAUCUCAUUUGUCGCUGAGUCCUUUCCAUUGCCCAAUGGUAUGUUUGGUCAGUUGACAUCAGUUCAAACUGUCAAAGUGAAAGGAAACAAACAAAUCACAGGAUGGCAACUCUCGCCCGCGUCCGGAAACUUCUUUGGCUCGACAGGAAAUAUGGACAGUUUCUAUAUUCAGAAUUCCGGUAUCUACUUUGUUUCAAUUACCAUUAAGUUCAGGAAUCUUGUUGGAAUGACAAAGGCAUUUACAUCACUUGUAAACAUUCCAUCGAUAACAUCGAUGCUGAAACAAGAUUCUAAUUCUAUCUUCAGUUUGUCUGUUACCGGGUGCAUGAAAAUCAACUCCGGCUCAUCGUAUACAGUGACCGUUUUCUCAGAGACCGAUUCUGAUUUCGAAAUAUUAUCCGGAUCAUCAAAAUCAGCAAUAUUUCUCGGAACAAGUGUCAUCGGAUUCACUGCGACGCAAAGUGCAACGAAGUCAUUGACAUUGUUUCCAGGUAAGGCGAGUGUUGUUUCGGGAUGGACGAUUCUUGGUAAAGAUUGGCUGUUUGAAUCAGGAUCGGGAUUUCAUGAUCGCAUAUCAUAUUUAGUUCCGGAAACUGGAGUUUAUUAUGUGAGUUCGCAAAUUAUUGUCAGUUUAAACACGAAUUCUACUGAAGUAACUCUGUCACUUGGAGUCUUGCUGGAUGGUUUCCUGAAGCGAGAAAAUAGACUCUAUUCAAGUACGAGUGUAAAUGGAUUGGUAACAGAAACACUGCUAAUUUCAGGCAGUUUGUUUUUGCAAAAAUGGACGCAAUUAAAGCUUGUUAUGUUUGCUAGCAGAACCGCAACCGUAGACAUAGGCAUCGACUCCACGUAUUCAAUCGUCAAAACAAGCAAAAACCUCCGCGUUCCUCCCUGCGCCGACAACGGACCAAACAUCAUAGGAAAGCUUGAUCCAGACGAUCUCCGCACAAGCUAUAGGAAAUCGGUUGGCUGGCAGUGCCAAGCUGUAGGCCAGUCUGUUUCAUACAGUUGGCUUAAGAAUUAUCAGCCAUUACCUGGUGCAACUUCGCAAAGCCUACAAAUAGCGUCCACACAGGUCUCUGAUACAGGAGAGUAUAUUUGUGCAGCUUCACAAGACGGAAUUAGAGUGACAUCUAAUAUAGCAAAAUUAACUGUUUAUGACCCAGUUCCAGUUUUCAUGAAUCAAGCCAGCGAUUAUGAUUUGAUUACACCUGAAAAUGGGCCUAAUAGCACGAGCAUUGUGUACAUCCAGGCAAGAGCAAGAAGUCUUGACAAUGCAUUUGCGAUGAUGUCAUUUGAGAUUGUCUCAGGGAAUGUGAACAAUACCUUCUAUCUGAAUCCUACCAGUUCAAGAACAGGAACAUCUUUAUUUCGAAAGAUUCCGUUAGACAGAGAAAUCUUGGCUAAUUAUACCAUUACCGUCAAAGCAACGAACUUGGAAGCGUUAUCAAUCAAAUACCAGCAAAUCAACAUUACUGUCGACGAUCUCAACGACAACUCACCAAUUUUCACUCAAUCUAAGUACGAAUCGUUCAUCUACGAAAACACAACGAUUGGAACAACGGUUGCAAGGGUGCUUGCAACAGACAGGGAUAUUGGUGAAAAUUCUGUCAUUAAAUAUUGGUUUAUUCCAAGUUCUGCUAAAAGUGUAUUUUCUGUCAACCCUACAACCGGCUAUGUAACGCUAGAUGCUCCAAUCGACAGGGAAACAAGGGAUCUUUACGUCAUCUUCGUAAAAGCUUCUGACAAAUCACAUAGCACGUAUUCUGAGCUGUCAAUCAAAAUACUGGACAUUAACGAACACAAGCCAGUCUUUAACAAACAUUACUAUUCUGUGAAUGUAUCAGAGACGAUACUGCCCGGGUCAUCUAUUAUAGCUGUUGCUGCAUCAGAUAACGAUACAGGAUCGAAUGCUGAUUUGACUUACAGCAUAGUUGGCGGUGACCCGGCAAAUAUGUUUCGAAUUACAAAGUAUGGAAUGAUCCAGAACAAAAAAUCAUUGAAUUAUGAGCAAAAUAAAACUUUCACUUUGACAGUUUCAGUUAGAGAUAAUGGAAAACCACCAUUGUAUUCAAUAAGGACGGCAGUUGUUGUGAUUGGCAUCACUGAUGCAAACGACAACAGUCCAAAGUUUGACAAAGGGAACUAUAUUGUAAAUGUUUUUGAAAACCAAACUGUCGGAGCACUUAUAUUGACUGUUCACGCACAGGAUAAUGACGCCCCGGGACAGCCAGAAAGUUUACUUAGUUAUGCAAUGGAAGAAAAGGCACUUCAAAUCGAGACUUUUUCAAUAAGUUCUACGAAUGGGGAAAUAAAACUAAACAAAUCCUUGGAUUACGAAAGAAUAAACUUGUACAGAUUUACUGUUAUUGCAAAGGAUAAUGGGAUACCCUCUCUUCAAGACAAAGCACUUGUCGCAGUUAACGUACUUGAUGUCAAUGACAACAGACCCUAUUUUAAGCAGCUUUAUUUUGCUGUUAAUGUCACUGAAUCGUCACAAGUCAAUCGCGAAAUAUUCAAAGUAACAGCAACAGAUGCUGACGCUGGCUUGAAUGCAGAGCUGAGGUAUUAUCUGCAAUCUGGCAAUCAUGGGAAUACGUUUGUCGUAGAUCCCGUUGCAGGAAACGUUAUUGCAAUGAAACCACUGGACCGUGAAAAAGGUGUCUUCUACAGUCUUGUUAUCAGUUGCAAAGAUAUGGGAAGUCCCCAGCUAGAAGCAGUGGCACCUUUCCGGCUGGACAUCCAUAUUUUAGAUGAAAAUGAUAAUUCCCCACGAUUCAAUCUAGAGAAGUACUCGACUAAAAUAUCUGAAAAUACUCCUGUCGGCUCGACAAUUCUUUUCAUGAACGUGACAGACCCUGAUGAAGGACAAAAUGGAAAUUUCAGUGUUAGCAUUGUCGAGAAUGGAGCCAGAUCAAUAUUUGAAUAUAAUCAAAGCAAAGGGGUCCUCGUUUUGAAGAAGCGGCUGGAUUACGAAGUGCAAUCGAAAUACCAUUUCACUGUCAUUGCAAAAGAUUAUGGAAUUCCAUCACUUGAGAAAUCUGCUCUGGUGGAUAUUGAAGUAACCGAUGUCAACGACAAUGCACCUCGUUUCUCACAAAGCAGUUAUGAUACUCAAGUGCAAGAUAUGGUGUAUGCAAACGUCACAAUGUUUCAGAUGAUUGCCACAGACCCUGAUAUUGGCCCAGCGAAAAGGAUUACGUAUGAGAUCGUCAGUGGAAAUGUAGAUGGGCAAUUCCGAAUUGGAAAAUAUAGCGGCAUUGUCGAGACAACUAAAUUCUUAAACACUACAUUCAUUAAUAUGUUCAAACUCGAAGUUGUUGCCAAGGAUGGAUUCAACCCACCAGCAAUCUCAAAUCGUACAGUAUUGAAUAUUCAUGUCACCAAAACGCCUGCUAUUUGGCUUACAAAUUUGAAGGCUGGAACAACGUCAUUAGAGGCUACUGUUGAUGUAUCUGAGUUUUCCUACUUAAAGAUCACGGACUACCGAAUUCUUGUUCAACUCUUUGAGCCCGAUUAUCCUAAAUUAAAUGUUGCCGCAAGCAUGCCUCCGAUUACCUGGUAUAGAGUGAAUACUGAACUAUCCGCUUUGAAUAAGAUUCGUCGCUAUGCUACUCUUGUCAUCCCUGCAUCUCGUUUGAACGGAACAAAACUAAGUAUUGUUAUCGGAACAGAAACUGGAUGUCACAAGAAGCCUGUUGAUGUCUGCAAUGGUCCUUUGACACCAAACAAAAAGUAUAGGAUACAGGUUCGUGGAACAACAAUAAACAGCAAAUUUCCUAGAGACAGCCAUUUCAGCACGCCGAUCUCACUAGGUGAGCCUGCUGCUUCAGUUGCAGAAUUGAUAGACUCUGGAUCCAAAGAUGGAGCAAUUGGCCUUGCAAUAGCAUUUGGUGUUUCAACAUUGUUGACAAUAUUUAUUCUGAUAGGAUACGUUCAGUACAAAAGAAAGCAUCAGUUAAUAGAGGUCGAGCACGUAAACAAACACUUGGAACUGGUGCAAAAUCAUAAGUAUGACGAACAGCUGACACCACGAUCUGGCUUCGGAGCUUUAAGUGAUAUUGGUGUGUGGCCAGAAAUGUCAAUGGCAGAGGUAUCACAUAUGUUCCAGCGAAGUCAAGGACCAAAAGACCACAAGGCACCAAGGAGUCCAGGAGACAGUGGAAUUAAUCAUGGAAACGACGAUGAAGAAAGCUGGCGCCUGAAUAUCUCUGAUGAAGGAGAGGAACCCUGGGAAGCACGUGAGCAAAAUAUACGACCACGAGAUCAAAAUGGAUUAUUGUCUUCUUUGCAAAACAAGAGUUUGCAACCAUCAAGAAUUGUUAACAGCGAUAGCAACACAUCAUUGGACACAAGCACCGAGAGGUUCCAAUUGCCAAUGCUAUCUGACAGUUUGAAUUUUGUGAGAAGUGAUGCAAACAAAAGAGAAGCUCGUGUAAAUACAAAACCUUAUUCAAAUAAAGUUGGGGAAGAAAUAGAAACUGAAAUAGAGACAGAAUUUGGACCAGAGAUAGAAACUACCCUUGGAGCUGAUGCUGAUCUCUCCAGUAUUGACGAGGAGCUGUAGCGAAUGACUUAGCUGUGCAGCGAAAGGUCACUUUCCUGAGACAUAACUGGGCCUAUCCAGAUGUAGCCAUUAUUGCCAAGGAUAACGGUGGCACCACAAGGAAGGUCGUGGACAUGUAUUUUGCAUCGCUUUAUAAGUGACGGGGAGACCUUUAUCAGAGUUCCUUGAGGGAGCUAAAACAAUAAAUACAAUGCUGUCUAAAUAAAAAACAAUAAUGGGCUGCUUGCCACAUUUUUGUCCUUAAAACAUGUAUUGAGUAACUAGAUCUAAGUAACUUGUGCAUUUUUAGUCUCACAUGAGACAGAAGGUAUUUCCAAAGUCAUAGAAAGUACUUGACAACUCUCGUUCUCAACAGACAAUAAACAAUUCAAAUCAAUAGCAAAAAGUUGUUUUAAAAAAUUUUUGUCAAUAACAUAUACAUAAUGUAGGAUAUUGUAGCUUUAAAUGUACUUUGUUGAAUAGAAAUAGAUCAAAGCAAGUAAUGACCUUGCCAUAUUUUAAACUUCUUGUGUGAAGAGACAAUGACCCAUCAGCAUACAGCGACUGCACUUCUGCCUAAAUGUUUUAGUUAAGUCCUGAUAACAAUAAAUUUUACUAUAAGUUAUCGCAAUUUAGUAUGUAAAUAAACCUUAACUAUUUACAGUAAAUAAUUUUCUACCACAAAGGAUACAAAAAUGAGGUCUCCUUCUGAAA